UGCAAUUGGCACACAUGUUUUUCAAACGGCUGUUUAUGCUCACCAAUGGAGUUCGAAUUUAGGUCCUGUACUGUUCAAGACGGCCAAUUUGAGGAUGCCGAAGAAGACGAAAGUGUAGUACCGAACUCACUGACUCAUUAUAUUUCUCAUGAACCCAUCGUGAAAGAAGUACAGGGGCUGGACAAACAUCAGAAUGGCGAAUCGAUAGACCACGUGAAAUCUUCUUCGGAAGACAGCGACGAUGAAGAUUUUGAUGGAUGGGAUUGGGAAGACGAGACAGGGGAUUUUACGAAACGUUAUAACGCAUCAAAGUCAGAGGUUCAUGUUUCGAAUACCACAGGUAAACGCCAGUCUUCUUUGCAACCGAACGAAAAAUCGUUUGCAAAAUUUGGCAAUCGAAUUAAAGUGGAGAAGUACGAGGGACCGAAAUUAUCCAACAAAGCCGCGAAUGUUCUGAUCCAAGCCAAUAAGAAGCUUGAAAAUGACAGAGUGCGUGCUAAAGAUAAGGCAGACAGGGCCACUGUUGAACAAGUUAUGGAUCCUCGAACAAGAAUGAUUCUGUUCAAAAUCCUAAACAAAGGAGUGAUCAAUGAAAUAAAUGGCUGCAUCAGCACUGGAAAAGAGGCAAAUGUAUAUCACAGCACGAAUGCAAAUGGUGACGAGAGGGCAGUGAAGGUUUACAAGACGUCCAUUCUUAUCUUUAAGGACAGGGAUAGAUAUGUGACUGGCGAAUUCAGAUUCCGUCAUGGAUAUUGCAAACACAACCCCCGAAAGAUGGUUAAGACCUGGGCGGAGAAGGAAAUGCGAAACCUUACGCGAAUGUUCAAUGCGGAUAUCCCUUGCCCAGAACCGAUCAUUCUUCGCAGUCAUGUUCUCGUCAUGAGCUUCAUUGGGGUGGAUGGCUGGCCAGCUCCUCUACUCAAGGAUGUCACGUUGUCGGAAUCUAAAGCUAGAGAACUGUACCUCCAGUGCAUUCAGAUCGUACGAAACAUCUACUGGAAAUGCCGUCUUGUUCACGCCGAUCUGAGCGAGUUUAACAUGUUAUACAGUGGGGAUCAGCUGUAUGUGAUUGAUGUUUCGCAGUCUGUGGAGCACGAUCAUCCACACGCCUUAGAAUUCUUACGAAAAGACUGUACAAAUGUUACCGACUUCUUUAAGAAGAAUGGAGUCUGUGUCAUGAAUGUUCGCGAGCUAUUCGACUUUGUAACAGAUCCCACCCUGAAUGACGACAAUGUGGACGACUAUCUUGAGAGAGCACAAGCGAUCAUCGCUAAUCGUGGAGUUGAGGAAGAAACCCCUGAAGAGACAGUGAAGGAAGAAGUGUUUAAGAAAGCUUACAUUCCCCGAACGCUCGAACAAGUUGUAGACUUUGAGAAAGAUGCGCAGAGAGUCAAAGAAGGACAAGCAGAAGAAAUUUUGUACUCAACUCUAACCGGCCUGAAAUCUGACCUAACAGGAGUGCUGGCGCAUCCUGAACUCCUCACAAAUCAACCAGAAAAUCAAGGAGACAAUGAACAUCUUUGUGUUGACAAACUGGACAUCAUGAAUGUUGAUGACGAUGCUAGUUCUGAAGACGAGGCCUUCAGUGCUGACGAAAAUGAUACAGAGAAAGAAAAGAAUUUACACAAGGAAGGCACAGCUAUGAGCAAAAAGGAGCACAAAAAACUUGUUAAAGAAGCUAACAGAGAAAGGAGACAGAACAAAACACCCAAACAUGUCAAGAAAAGGAAAGAGAAGUUAGCGAAGACAAAAAGAGGAAGAAAUAAUUGAUUCGAGUGCGGUACCUAUGCACACUUUUGCUUCGAAGCGAAGUGCUCUUUCGAUUUAAGGCAGAAUGUGUUCCGAGGGUACAUUUGAAGUUCAUGUAAAACUAGUCUAGGGCGCUCAAUACCCCUUUGCAAUGAAGGCUUCAUAACAUUGUUCGAUGUAGUAUUGACUUCUUUUUUUUCAAGUUGUAUACAUCUGGCUGUGUGGGUUCUUCGCGCUACAAUUUAUCUAAUUAUGGUAGACGAUGUUUAUAGAUACAUUAAAUCGAAUGUCUUUAACGUAGAGUUGUUUGAAAGUCCUUUAACGCUUUUAUUUUUUCACUAGGCUCUAAGCUUGAAUACAACCAGUCUUUCUUUCCUUGUGUGACACUUUGCGCAAGUCAAAAGAAAUCGGCAUUCUAAAAUCAAAACUAAAGCAAACAAAUUAAUACUAUACUUAAUUUCAACCAGUUUAUCGUUGUAAUAACCCACGCGGGAUGUUGGGUGAACAAGAGAACAGUUUAUAAAUCACUCCCCUCCAGUUCGUGAUUCUCUCGUUCUCUCAACAUCCUGGCGUGAGUUGCUACGC